AUGGCAGAACCACUUAUUGGUAUGGGUGCCCCAUAUUAUCGUGACUACCACGCCGUUGAACAGUGGAUAGCGGCGAAUUGCAACCAAGCGACAGAUUUGACUGCCACUGGUGCAUCUGAACUUCCCAUAAUCGACCCAGCUCUCAAAUUGGAUUUCAAUUUUAGCACCUGGUAUGGUUAG